AUGUCGAAACACGCAGUAUGGUGGUCUCAUUUCUGGGAAGCCCCUUGGUUCGUAACGAACGAUGCAGGAACCAUACGAAACACAUUUUUGGACCGCUCGAUAGUGAUGGACAAAAACCAUCUCGGUCAAGAUAUACCACGCCCUUUUUCGGCCAACGUUCUAGGCUUGCUCAAUAGCAACGAAGAAUUUGACACUGAUCUCCCAGAGGAUGGAGGCAACCCAAAAGAAUACCAGAGCAUGUACGAUACAGCCGCAACAUCGCGAGCAGGGAAAGCUGCCAUAGAACUGUGGGCCGAGUACGGCACUGAACCCAAGGCCCGACUGCAAUGGCCGACACUCCCAGGCCAGUACAAUCCAGUAGGACCAUUACCAGUGCCCCUGGGCCCAGGUACCUUCUCAAACAUACAGGCUUCGUCUUUGGUAUCAGUCAUCUUGAGAUCCAGCUCUCGUUCUACCUCGACUAUGAUUACAUCUGCCAGUUUUGCAGGCCUGCGGCCGGGCUUCAAUGGAGUACCAGGUUGCGCAUAUGUGAUGGCGCCGGAAUCAGGCCAACGCUGUGUCGAAGACUACUGCAACUGUGGAGAGUCGAUGAUCAAGUCUCGCUCCAUUGCGGAUACUCCACUCAGCCCAGCUGGAACCGAUGUCCAGGCGAUCCAACCGCGUCGCCAACACCGGACCCCCACUCCUUACGCCAUCUUCCGAGACCUGGCAUUACGGCACAAGGAGUUUGUUCGCAUGCAUAUUCCAAGAAGGACCAAAUGA